UCUUCCAUGCUGUGCUGAGACACACAAGUGGGCGUGGUUCCGUCGCUAUUGUACCGCCUCCAGGGUGUCAGUGGCUCUGGAAAAAAGGUCACCUCUGCCCCGCCCUUUUCUGGAUGAGGUGGCAAAGAAAAUCCGUGAGCUGAUGGCAGAUCAUGAGAACAUGAACACUCUUCAUGAAAGUCAUGAUCUUUUCAAGAGAGAGCAGGAUGAGCAGCUAGUGCAAUGGAUGAACAGGCGACCAGAUGAUUGGACACUCUCAGCAGGAGGCAGUGGGACCAUUUAUGGCUGGGGACACAACCACCGUGGUCAGUUAGGUGGUAUUGAAGGAGCAAAGGUCAAAGUCCCUACACCAACAGAGGCCCUAGCCACUCUGCGACCUGUUCAGCUGAUUGGUGGAGAGCAGACCCUAUUUGCCGUCACUGCGGAUGGGAAACUGUAUGCUACAGGAUACGGUGCAGGCGGUCGGCUGGGAAUAGGGGGGACAGAGUCUGUCUCCAGCCCUACCCUGCUGGAGUCGAUUCAGCAUGUGUUCAUACGGAAGGUGGCUGUGAACUCUGGAGGGAAGCACUGCCUGGCCCUCUCUUCCGAAGGAGAACUGUACUCUUGGGGAGAAGCUGAAGAUGGAAAACUGGGCCAUGGCAACAGAAGCCCAUGCGACCGUCCACGUGUGAUUGAGUCUCUGAGAGGGGUGGAGGUGGUGGACGUUGCUGCUGGUGGGGCCCACAGUGCCUGCAUCACAGCCAGCGGCGAGCUCUACACAUGGGGCAAGGGACGCUAUGGGCGUCUGGGUCAUGGAGACAGUGAGGACCAGCUUAAACCAAAACUGGUUGAGGCUCUGCAGGGUCACCGUGUGAUAGAUGUGGGGUGUGGCAGUGGUGAUGCUCAGACCCUCUGUCUCACUGAUGAUGACAUGGUGUGGUCAUGGGGGGAUGGAGACUAUGGAAAACUGGGGAGAGGAGGAAGUGAUGGUUGUAAAGUGCCUAUGAAGAUUGACUCAUUAACUGGAUUGGGUGUAGUAAAAGUGGAGUGUGGCUCUCAGUUUUCUGUAGCUCUCACCAAGGCUGGUGCAGUUUACACAUGGGGGAAGGGCGAUUAUCACAGGUUAGGACACGGCUCAGAUGAUCAUGUCCGCAGACCCCGGCAGGUCCAGGGUUUGCAAGGCAAGAAGGUCAUCGCCAUAGCGACGGGUUCUCUUCACUGUGUGUGUUGCACUGAAGAUGGGGAAGUGUACACAUGGGGUGACAAUGAUGAGGGUCAGCUUGGCGAUGGGACCACCAAUGCCAUUCAGAGACCCAGGCUUGUGGCAGGUCUGCAGGGCAAAAAGAUAAACAGGGUGGCCUGUGGCUCCGCGCACACCUUGGCCUGGUCCACAAGCAAACCCACCAAUGCUGGAAAACUUCCUGCUCAGGUGCCUAUGGAGUACAACCACCUGCAGGAGAUUGCCAUCAUAGGCCUGAGGAACCGGCUCCUGCUACUGCACCACAUCUCUGAGCUCAUCUGCCCCUGUAUCCCCAUGUUUGACCUAGAAGGACGACUGGGCGAGACGGGACAUGGCCUCUCCGUUGGCUUCGACACACUUCGUGGAAUCCUCAUAUCACAGGGCAAGGAGGCAGCAUUCCGUAAGGUGGUGCAGGCAACCAUGGUUCGAGACAGACAACAUGGGCCUGUGGUGGAGCUGAACAGGAUACAGGUCAAGCGGUCUCGCAGCAAAGGAGGGCUGGCGGGGCCUGAUGGCACUAAGUCAGUGUUCGGGCAGAUGUGUGCCAAGAUGAGCUCUUUCAGCCCAGAUAGUCUUCUGCUGCCACACCGGGUGUGGAAGGUCAAAUUUGUGGGCGAAUCAGUGGAUGACUGUGGGGGAGGAUACAGUGAAUCUAUCGCAGAGAUGUGUGAGGAGCUUCAGAACGGACUCACUCCUCUACUCAUUGUCACUCCUAAUGGCCGAGAUGAGUCGGGAGCCAACAGAGACUGUUUCCUUCUCAACCCUGCCGCCAAAUCUUCUCUGCACAUCAACAUGUUCCGAUUCCUAGGGGUUCUCCUGGGCAUAGCCAUCCGUACAGGAAGUCCUCUGAGUCUGUACCUGGCUGAACCUGUUUGGAAGCAGCUUGCAGGCAUGAAUCUGACCAUCGCUGAUCUCAGUGAGGUGGACAAGGACUUUAUCCCUGGUCUGAUGUAUAUCAGAGAUAACGAGGCGUCUGCUGAGGAGUUUGAAGCCAUGCCUCUGCCUUUUACUGUGCCCAGUGCCUAUGGACAGGAAGUGCAGCUCAGCUCCAAACACUCCCACAUCAGCCUGGAGAACCGCAGUGAAUAUGUGCGCCUAGCAAUAAGCUACAGACUGCAUGAAUUUGAUGAGCAGGUAUCUGCAGUGAGGGAAGGUAUGGCACGUGUGGUGCCUGUGCCUCUUCUCUCUCUCUUCACCGGCUAUGAGCUGGAGACCAUGGUAUGUGGAAGCCCAGACAUCCCACUGCACCUGCUCAAAUCAGUGGCCACUUACAAAGGUGUGGAGCCCACCUCUCCUCUCAUCCAGUGGUUCUGGGAGGUGAUGGAGUCUUUCUCCAACACUGAACGCUCCCUCUUCCUCAGGUUUGUCUGGGGACGCACACGCCUCCCCAGGACCAUUGCAGAUUUCCGUGGACGGGACUUUGUGGUGCAGGUGCUGGAUAAAUACAAUCCACCUGACCACUUCCUCCCCGAGUCCUACACCUGUUUCUUCUUGCUUAAGCUGCCACGCUACUCUUGUAAGCUGGUGCUGGAGGAGAAGCUCAAGUAUGCCAUCCACUUCUGCAAGUCCAUCGACACAGACGACUACGCACGCAUCGCUCUAAGUGGAGAGCCCGCCGCAGAUGACAGCAGUGACGACUCUGAUAAUGAGGACGCUGACUCGUUUGCAUCUGACUCCACACAGGAUUACCUGACUGGGCACUGAACUCUAACCCCAUGGUUAAACCCCCAGUGUCUCAAACACACACACACACACACUAAAAUUAUGUGGUGAGUUGUAGGAAGUCUUCAAAAUAAGCUGCCAAGAAAAAAAGUGGAAAAAAGAAAAACUGAAGAUGGCUCUUUUAACCUCACUUAUUAUUGUGCAUAGAUACAAAUACAACUAAAUGAAAAAAAAAAUAAGUGUAUAUCAUUAUGUGCAGUUAGCUUUAAAGCACUAUUAAGCUGAUGAAAAGCAAAUUAGAGAGAUUUUUUUUUUAUCUUUGUUGUGAAGAGAACCAGGACAAGUGGAGAAACAGCACAUCUCUGUGUUAAACAUUGUGUUCACGUUUUAUUACAGAGGAUGGACCGUUUUGCCUAGCACUGUGGUAGAUGACUCCUGACAGGUGUUUCUGUGAAAAUCACAUCAGCUUUGUGUUAAAUGGGUAGUAUUAUGAACAGUGGCUCCGCCUCUUUAUUUGAAAAUGGCAGUGUUUCUUUGAGAACCUUUUUUUUUUUUAAAUGAGUGGAAGCCUGAUCAGGGGUUGUUUUUAGGCCAUCGGUCACUGUAUCCUCACCUCCACCUAUACAUGUCUGCACUGUUUUCCCUAUGGAAUGUAUAUAAUUUGAUUGUGCCAUCUGUUUAUGAGCCGUCUCUUCAUGUUAUAAAUAAAUGUUAAUUUCUGUUAAUAAAUUUAAACCAAAAGUUCUCUAAGUUUUU